AAGAGUGAUUAUCUGUGGAAAAUACACAGGAAGUUGGAACUGCUGCUAGAAGGUUUUGUUGUGUGGUGUGUGAGACAUCACCAUAAAAACUCCCUGAAGACAAAAGUAAUAAUAUUACAUCCUCCUCCUAUGCCAACGUCUCCUCUCACCCUGGCCAGUCAGGCCACCAUCUCCCAGCCUUGCAAGGAUCCUCCCCGCAGUCUUUCAGUUCCAUCCGUAGAAUACGCAGAGCCCUUGUGAUGUCACAGACCUAUGGGAUAUUGGCAUGAGCCCGGUUUCCCGAAGGGCCUGGGAUGUGGGGAAGCUCCUAGCUCAACACAGCAGAGCCACCUGCCUGCUGGACCUCAGACAGAGCCACACUAAGCACUCGAGGUGAGGGAGUUCUCCAUCUACUCACAUGAGGACAACGCCAUGGACUGCAGUGAGUGCAUCAGAGUAAGUGAACAGAGAACCACACCCCUGGUAUUCAGUGUCAGGGCCACUGAUCUCACUGCCCACUUCGCUGAGUCGCCUCAACCAGGAAGGAAGCUCUUGCCUGCUGCCUUGGGCAAAGCAAAGGAGGUAAGAUGGCAGCUAUGGAGCAUUCGUUCAGAGGCAGCUUAAGCCCAUUUUGGCCUCUGCUCCCUCCCAGGGCAGGGAGGAUCUACAUUGGUUACUAUCCCACCCCUGGAGAUGAGCUCUCGGCGAGCAUGGAGGAUCGUUAGCACCCACCAAUCCCUUUGGUGUCCUGCACUUCCUGAGAACAUGUGCACUUGGGGAAAGUUCCAUGGGAAAAUGCAAGUUUGUGCCAGAUACAGCUGAGAGAGAAGCUAGAGAGUGCAUGGGGGAGUGCACAUGCAGAUGAGCCUGGAAGAGGAAAUGGAGCAGAGAUUUACCUGAUGAACUAGCUGAGGUGUUGAAGGAUUAAAUGAAGAAGCAACACAUUCAUUUUAUGCUGAGCUGCAAGAGAUGGCGCUUUGCAUGGGCCACAUUAAAGAUGAGGCACCAGUUCUCAUCUUGCAAGAACUCCAUGUCCUGUAGGUCACACUUUAACCAACCCUUGUUGAAACAUCUCAUGGCAACACCACCCAUUCUCCCCAGACAAGGCAAUCCCAGGAUCAAACUUUUACGGCUUGAUUUUUUUUUUUUAAAUUCCUACCAUAAAACUCAGAUAGUCAUUACCUUUGGAGUAACCUAUCUCAGCACUUUUAGGGGACUUAGAACCUCAGUUGUUACCUGGAAUUCUUUCCUGAGUAACCAUCAAAACAGAACUUCUCAGUCAUGGCAACACUGGAGCCCAUUCUCCUAGAUACACCCAGAGAGCAGUCGUGUAACCUGACUGUCCUUCAGACUGACACAGCAAUUAUGCAGCAACCAAAACCAUUCUACCAGCAACAUGAUGCCUAUGGUCCCAGACCCUUAGAUCAAUCGGAGGGCCAGUCAAACCGGCCACUUCAAACCUUUGUCCUUCCAGACAACCCUGCAUCAGUAGGACCAUCCAACCUGUACCAUCCCCCAAGUCAAGAGAAAGACGUUUUCACUGGACCCCCUGCAGGUUUCCAGAUGGCACCUUGUGGGUGCUUUUUCGAUCCCCGGAUAUAUCGCAUAGAAUGGGCAAUGACCAAUUUCGUGCAACCGUCAAGUUCACCAAGCGCUUACCUUCUGGACACCCACGGAUACCUCAAGAGUCCUGUCCAGACAGUCCCCUACCCACCUUACCACCCAAUCCCAAGCAACCCCCAAUACAUCAUACCUUAUUUCAAUCAGGAGGGCCCCGCCAGUGGGACAGGACAAGGUAAUUUGGUCCCUAACGCACUCUACGACUCUCAGUUUCUUGAGAUGCCUCAGCCGCAGGAAGAUGGUCAGAACAAUGACAACAAACUGCCCCAGCUCCUUGUAUCGCUGCCUGGACUCAGCCAGAAUGAGCAGAGCCUCCAGAUAAGCACCUACUGCCACCCUAAGGGUAGGCCAAGUCCCCACAACCCAGAGUUUCAAGGGUUUGAUAGUUUCCAGGUGGAAGGGGAAGAACUCAAAGAAAAUGACAUGAGUCAGAACCUCCUAGUGAAUACACAGAUCCCAGACAUUUGCAUCGAAGAUCAAAACCUUCUUUCCAGUCCCAGUGUUGCAAACGCACAGGUGAUGGCAGAGGCAGUGUCAUGUCCUCUGCAGGACAGCCUCGUAGCUGAAGACAGCGAAGCGCUGGACACAGAGGAGCCCUUCGAUCUGCCUGAGAACGUUUUGUUGGAAGAUGCCAUGAAGCUGUUUGAUUGCUCUCCAGCUAACUCGGACUCGGAGGUUUCCAGAGACAACCUAAGCCACACCCUCACAUCCAGCGAGAGCGAAAGCAAAGAUUGCAGCUUCCCAUGUGACGACUCGUCCAGCGACAUACGGUCCCUCAAUCUGCCUGAUGAGCUGCUGUCUUUUGACUACAGCGUGCCCGAGAUCCUAAAUACAGUGGCCAGCAUGGAUUAUUUUUAUGACCUCAAAACUUUCAAUGAGGACCCUAAGUGGGAUUUGGAGCGGGUGCUGCAGCCUCCCCAAAACAGUGGGUCGCUCCAGGACCCCAGGCAAGAGCCCCAAGGAAAAGAGAAGCUCAGCAGCGCAUCAAUAAAGAAACGAAAGCAGACAGACAGCAAAAAUAAACCUACCUCUGCACAGGAGAGCAGCACAUCGGACAGGCAGGAAUGCCCAGUGACAGGCAUCUGACUAGCACUUUUGGAGCAGCUGUACGGAAGCAAAACUGGGCUGGAGCAGGGCUGCGGGGUUGCAGUUAAUGACUGAGCCUAGUGAACCAUCCUACUAUUAUUCUAUUAAAAGUGAUCUAGCCAGAAACCCAAUCUGUGCCCGCAUUUAAGAGAAGGUUCUAAGUGCGUCCCACAUGCUGCAAUAGAGGGGAAGGAGACGAAAACGGGCCAUGUGUCUGCCAGGGUGAUUAAAUCCUCCAGAUUGAGUCCAAUGUCAGUCACUCAUCAUUCCCAGAUAUUACAGUUGGUCAAUGAGUGGCUGGUCUCUUAGAAUAUAGAUCUAUCUGUGCAUGACUAAUUCAGACUGUCACCAUAACUGCCUUUCAGGGGUGCGUUGGGGGCUGAUUCCCAGAGGUGCAGAAAGUCCCUGGGGAAAUUAAUUGGCUUUCCUUCUUCAAAGAAAGCCAGUUUCAACAAAAACCGGCAUUAGUCAGUGCAAAUGGGGGGAUUUAUUCCAGCUGUGGGUGCCUUAAGAGCCUGCAAAGUGGGUGUGUCAAAUACGACUCAGGAUGGUCAGAGUAGACACCCCCAUUGGACACCCUCCCUUGGACCAUCCAAGGUGCUGGGCAGUGGGAAAGGAGGCCUGCAGUGAAAGCACGGAACCCCACAGUCCUGCCCAGCCCGGGGUGCAUGGCAGUGGGUUGCCAGCUGUGGGGUUCUAACCCGAGCUGGAGUGGGAGUGUGGAUCCAGCAAGUGGACCAUAGGUUCAUGGCAAUGGGGCACCAGGUUGAAUGGUCUCAGAGUGCAUGAUGAUUGGACUCUGUAACUAUUAUAGGGCUCCCUUCAAAUGACGUUUAGAGGAGCCGGGGAGGGACGGCUCAGGGUGUGAAUUAGCUCCCAGCAGCUCCUCUAUGCCCACCUCUGGGAUCUCCUCUUCUGUGGCUCCCCUUCACCCAUGUGCCCCACAGUCGGGAUGUAACUGGUCACAUCAUAGGCCCUGGGCACACAACAAGGCCCCAGGUCCUUGGUGCUGGAUCAGGCGGCUGCGCCUGGUGUGUGCAGUGGGGAGGGGAUAUCCCUUCUUCCCCUCUUGGCCCAGCAGAGGUAGUUGAGAAGAUGAAGGCCUUGUCCCGAUUUUUCACUCUUGCUAUCUGGUCACCCUACUACUGCCUGGAGGCUGUGGGAGAGUCUGCAGGUAGCAGCAGGUGCCUCUGCCUAAGCUUGCUUCCUGUUUCUUGCUAGCUGGGUCUGGGGUGCAACCGAUCGUGCAUUUAAUGUGUGAAUGCUAUGAUGGCCUGAUGCAUAGAUCACACCACUGCAGAGCCUGGCAGGGGUGAUUCAGCUUCUCUCUGCUGCGGCGGUGGAGCCAAUGAGGAUCAUUGUCCUUGGUGACUUCGCUGUCUAUGCAAAUGAUGACUCAUGGGGGUUAGUUCAGUUUCUCAGGGCCACCAUGACAACCUGGGGGCAGACCCAGCCAUUUUCUGGCUCUCACCUAGAGCAGGCCACAAGCUGAUCCUCAUAGGGCAAGUGGAGGUUACAUCCUCAUCACAGGCAGACUGUUCCUUCACUUGGUGAGAGCCUGUUUCAAUGGGCCAUCCUCUGAGAUUAAAGGAACCAGUCCACUUCCAAGGGGUUCACUAGCACCUUGCUCUGAAGCAUCUGGAACUAGCCCCUGUUGGAGACAGGAUAGUGGACUAGAUGGACCACAGGUCUGACAUUCCUUCCUUCAUGGAGUACUGCUUCACGCAGACACCUUGUUACAUCGCUGCUCAGAAGCCAGUGCAGACUCCUGAUUGGUUUCUAGGCAGGACUGAUAGAGGGAGUUUUGAUCUAUAAAGCCCUGAACAGCUUGGGACGUUCCUGCUCCUAAUGUCUCCAUGCUACGCCAUCACAGUUGCAAUUUGCAGGGGCCCAAAAGCCAGCAGCCCCCCAGCUUAAGCUGGUGGCAUAGGGCAUCUUCCAUCUAGGGAGCCUAGAUACAGCUACUCGCUACUCCUCCUUUGUUCCAAAACAGCCCAGAAUGGAUGAGCUCCAAAGCAAACACAAGACUCAUCUAGUGCCCCAGCUUUUCCUCAAAGGGGCAAGUUCAGCGAUAAGGGUUGGUUGGAUGGAGGAGCCAAUUAAGGUGUGGAAGUUCAGUGAACUGGGUGAUUUAUAUUUCAAAAGAUGGGGUCAGUGGGCAAGUGUUUAUGUAAAGAUUAUUUAUAUAGCCAUAUGUACGUUAUACAGCUUUGCUUUACAAGCACCUAGAACCCUGGAGAGGUG